UCAUGGACGUCUUCAUUUCUGUAUCAAUUUAACUCACCCACGACCCGUCUCGAAAACUGUCAAACAUUCACGCCAAAGCAUACUCCACGAUCACUGAGCUGGCCUCCCCAUCUGUGUCUGCCCUUAACGCAACCCAACACCUCCUGCACCAUGACAACUGCCGCCUCCGCUGCUAAAACGAUCGUCACAAGUCCUCACCUUCAGUCUGUUCUCUCCACCGCUCAGCAAACCCGCGACGCCUGCUUAGCCCUGAUAGAUACUCUCACAUCCCCUGACGCCUUCACGCAGUCCAAUAAAAUCGCGCCAUCACACAAGCACGUGAACGCCCAACUCGCAAAGAUCCGCCAUCUGAACCGCAAAGCUGUGCUUGGUGCACGAGAAACAAAAGCCCAAACUGCCGAGGCAAGGAGCGGGGUUGACACGCUUCACCUGCAGUUGCAGAAUUUAUACUAUGAGCAGCGGCACUUGCGUGGCGAAAUUGGCGCCUGUGAAGACUAUGAACACAAGUACAUGACACUGCCCCUUAUAUCAGCGCAAACAUUCCUAGACCUGUUUCCGGAUCACGUGGGAUAUGAUGAAAAUGAACUGAUGGUAGCACGGAUCGAGCAUGAGCAUAUGGAGCGACAGGCGUUGGAGGAACAGAGACAGGGCCUCCUGAGGAAGAAGCAGGGCUUGAUCGCUGAAAAUAAGAAGAGAAGAGAGGACCUGGCGAACCUGGACAUUGAGCUUGAGAAGUUUGUGAAUACGGCGGAGCCCAUUCAGAAGAUCUUCGAGAAGGAAUAUUGACAGCUUGAUGUGUGAAAUGCCGCGUUGCAUGGCGUGAUAUAAGGGAACCCAUUUUCAGGCACCAAUCAUUUGGUAGGCCAGGCCCUAUACGUAAAUUUUUACAGUUGUUGGACCGACUUUUGGUGGAAGCUGAGACACAGCCUUUAUGUAAUGUUCAUCACUAAGAUCAUGCAAGUAGAUGCUCGCGCUACCUCCAUGCCUAACCUAUUCCUCAU